GCGGGCGCGGGCGGUGCGGGCGGCCGGCGGGGGCUUUGUGUGGCGGGCGCGUCCCCGGGCCGGCGGCUCCCGAGGCGGCUGCGCGCUCGCCCGCCCUGCGGCCCAUGCGGGACCCGCCCGCCCCGCCCCGCCCCGCCCGCCGCUGAGCCCCGCGCCCCGCCGCCCCCCAAACUUUGCAAAGUGCACCCCGGCCCGCACCCCGGCCCGCAGGCCCCGCGCGGAGCAGGAGCGGCCGCCGCGCCGGCGCCGAGUGUCCGCAGCCCGGGGGGCGCCAUGCGCGCGGGCGGCGAUGUCCGCGGAACAGGACAAGGAGCCCCCCCCGCUCCGGAGGGGCCGAGGUGGUGAUGGUGGACUGGAUGGGUUAGGAGGACCAGGAGUACAGCUCGGAAGCCCAGACAAAAAAAAACGCAAGGCAAGCACACAGGGGCCGUCCUUUCCCCCGCUGUCUGAGUAUGCGCCACCGCCCAACCCCAACUCAGACCACCUCGUGGCCGCCAACCCGUUUGAUGACAACUACAACACUGUCUCCUAUAAGCCCCUGCCUCCGGCGAGCCCCUACCUGGGCCCCGGCUACCCUGGCUUCGGCGGGUACGGCGCGUUCAGAAUGGCCCCUCACGGGCCUCCGAGGAUGUCCUCCCCGUACUGCGGCCCCUACGCACUGCGAAGCCAGCCGGCCCCGUUCCCCCCGAGCGCCAUGGGCCUGGGCUUCAGUCGGCCGCACGCACUGGACUUCGGGCCCCCCGAGAACGCCGGCUUCGGAAGCCCACCUUACGGCAGCGCGCCCGCCCAGCACUUCCGACAGAGCCCCGCCGACAGCUUCGGCCAGGUGGCCCCGCAGACGCCCGGCCAGGUGGCCCCGCAGACGCCCGGCCAGGUGGCCCCGCAGACGCCCGGCCAGGUGCCCCCGCAGACGCCCGGCCAGGUGCCCCCGCAGAUGCCCCCGCAGACGCCCGGCCAGGUGGCCCCGCAGACGCCCGGCCAGGUGCCCCCGCAGACGCCCGGCCAGGUGCCCCCGCAGGUGCCCCCGCAGACGCCCCGCCAGGUGUCCGCCCCGGAGCCCGCGCCCAGCUUCGUCCCCGGGAACAAUGCGACGUUCGCGUCCCCGCUAGAGCCCAGCCCCUCUUUUGUUUCCCCCGCACACACUCUCGGGCAAGCCAGAGCGCCGCCCGCCAAGACCCCGACCCCGAACCCCUCGGCUCAGCCACCGCACCCGGCCGGGGAGGACGCCGCGAACCCGGGCGGCCCGGAGGGCAAGAGCGCGGCCCGGAGCAGCGUCGCCGGCCCCGAGGCCACCGGCACCGGCACCGGCUGCGCCAACGGGACCCAGAACCAGCCCCGGCGGCCCCGGGGGCCCGCGGAGCCGGGCGGCUCGGACAAGGGCGGCAAGGGCCCCCCGCCCCCCGGCCGCCACGGCCCCCGCCCGGCCGCCCCCGUGUUCCCGUGCGGGAUCUGCACGCACGAAGUCCACGACGACCAGGACGCCAUCCUGUGCGAGGCCUCGUGCCAGAAGUGGUUCCACCGGGUGUGCACCGGCAUGACCGAGACGGCCUACGGGCUGCUCACCGCCGAGGCCGCGGCCGUGUGGGGCUGCGACGCCUGCAUGGCGGACAAGAGCGCGCAGCUCCUGCGGACCAGGGAGGCCUUCGGGCCGCCGGCCGUGAGCGGGGACGCCUGAUCGGUCCCGGGCGCGGGUGCCGGUGCGGGCGCG